AUGACGCCGAUGUGGUCAAGGAACUGGGGAAACCUGUGCCUGGCGGUUUACUUCUUGUCUGUAUUUUCCACAUGCGACACGAAACAGUGUGAACUUCUGAAGGUAGACAAACUGACGCCUUCUUCUGCCACUAUCAGGAACAUUGGCAUCAAAUUGUGCCAAGUCCAAACUGGUCCCUGUGCAUCCAAGACCUGCAGUCUGAAUUCCCGAUGUUUGGAGACUAGAUCUGGGAAAGGUGUCUGUAUAGACGCUUCGAAUUACCCGAGUGAAGACCCGAGCCAGAGCGAGAGUAUUCCACGGCCCCCAGUGACGGCAGUAAAGUCUGAUCAACAUGUGACUCCAACACCAGAAAGCUGCCGCCGCCUCCAUGUUGCAUGCUGUACGCGGAACCUGAAGGAGGUGAAGCUGUUCCUGUCUCUGGGAGUCAACAUCAACUGUAGAUGGCAAAUACAAUCGAGCAGGACACCGGUGAUGUCGGCAGCAGCUGGGGGGUGUGGGGGUGUGAAGGUGGUGGCGGGCUUUGUGGUGAAGUUCCUUGUGAGUAUAGGAGCCGAUUUGUCACUGAUGGACAGGUACGGCAACAACAUCCUUUUUUACGCCUGUUUGGGAAGAUCCAUGAGGAUAAUGAAGUUUCUGCUGUCUCUGAACGUGGUGGACAUCGACCACAGGAACCAGCGCGGGCAGACAGCGGCCGACAGAGCAAGAUCCGUCGGAUUUCAUCGAUUCGCGGAUGUCCUGGAGUCCCGCGGCGAGAAAUGACAUUGGGGUGGUGUGCCAUUCACAUCGUGGUGGUUUCUUUUUAAGUUUUAAGAUAAGAAUGUUCUUUGUUUUGAAGAUAAAUAAAACUUUCGAAAAGAU